UUUACCACUAGGCGACAUACUUUACCUCAUUCACCUUCGGCGGUCUUGGACUUUCCCUACGUUUUCUUGCAGUUGGUCCGUCCUCACUUCCUUGCUUUUUUAUUCUCGGUGUAUGUGUGACUGAGCACACCUCCGAACUCUUGUCAAAAUAUGCUUUUUAAAAGUUACUACAUUUUUGUGUUAAUCAAUGCGGCCUCUACAGCAGGCGAGUUGACAGCAGCCACAGUAUACUGGGAUGCCCAACACAAGACUGUGCUGCUGAAGGAGGGUCGCAUGGAGGUCGACGGGGAUGCGUAUGGCUUCCUGAACGACACCCUGUCCACUACAGGCUGGAGUGUUCUGGAGAUCCGAGCUGGAUACGGACAAACACCUGAGCCUGAUGAGGACACUUUUUUCCUGGCGGGCUACCUUGAAGGCUUUCUGACUGCACAACAGAUGAUAGAUCACUACACCAACAUGUACCCUCAACUCAUCCUUGACCCCACAAUCCUGGGCCCGCUUCAGAGCUUCAUGAAGCAGCAGGACUCUUGGACCAGAGAGCAGGUGAAGAACAACAAGAGUUCUGAUCCUCUGUGGAAACACACUGGCUUCAUUGUGGCCCAAAUGGACGGCCUGCAAGCAGGAGUUGCAGAAUGGGCCAAGAGACAAGGGAAAAAGCCGCUGUCCCUGUUUGCCGUUCAAUUCCUGAACGCGGUCGGAGAUCUGCUGGACCUGAUCCCGGCUUUGGUCCAAAACUCUACCACGUCACUUAAACACUUCAAACUUCCAGGGAUGGGACACUGCUCCGCACUCAUAAAGAUGCUUCCAGGCUUUGAGAACCUCCUCUUUGCCCACUCCAGCUGGUACACGUAUGCUGCCACCAUGCGUAUCUACAAACACUGGGAUUUCCACCUCACUGAGCCUCACACGGCCACUGGGAAACUCUCCUUCAGCAGCUACCCGGGGUUCCUGGUGUCCCUGGAUGACUUCUACCUGUUAGGGAGUGGUUUGAUGAUGACCCAGACCACCAACAAUGUCUUCAACGCCUCCCUUUUCGACGUCGUCACCCCCAAAAGCCUGCUGGCCUGGCAGAGGGUUCGAUUGGCUCACAGUUUGGCGCAUACCGGAGAGGAGUGGGCCAAAAUCUUCUCCAAGUACAACUCAGGGACCUACAAUAAUCAGUACAUGGUGUUGGACAGGAGCAAAGUGAAGCUGGGCCACAGCAUUAGCAAUGGCGCUCUGACUGUAGUGGAGCAGAUCCCUGGGCUGGUGGAGUACUCCGACCAGACCCAAGCACUGCGUCUCGGGUACUGGCCGUCCUACAACGUCCCCUUCCACCAGAACAUCUACAAGCUGAGCGGCUAUGAGCUGAUGUGGCAGGACUUCGGAGAGGACUUCUCCUACGACCUUUGCUCCCGGGCCAAGAUCUUUCGUCGUGACCAGGCUAAUGUCAAGGACCUGGACUCUUUGAAGCGCAUCAUGAGGUUCAAUGACUAUAAGAAGGAUCCAUACUCUAAAGGUGACCCCUGCAAGUCCAUCUGUUGCCGUAACGACCUACAGACAGAAAAGCCCUCGCCUGGCGGUUGCUAUGACACCAAGGUAACAGAUUUCCAAAUGGCGGGCGAGUUCCGCGUGGAGGCCGUGAACGGGCCGACCACGCAGGGCGGACUCCCGCCGUUCAUGUGGGAGAAAUUCAGCAACGUCAGCCAUCAGGGCCUACCAGCAUAUUACAACUUCACCUUCGUCGGGAUGGCGCCCCUCCUCUUCCAGCCUUAACCCUUCCAGCCGGCAAGGAAGCAUAUUUGGUGACUUCAAAGAUGUUUCCUGCUUGCCUCGCUAGAAAGCAGUGAAACCAAACCGUUACGCCUCAGCAAUUGAUUUGAAAGAAUAUAUCAAUGUAAUGAUGUACAGAUAUAUUUGAAAAUAUAUCCCAACAGGUACAGUACAGGUGCAGCUCCAUUAACUCAAAUAUAAUACAAAACUUAUGUGAUUUCAAGAGGUCCCAACUAAUCACUCUGGGAGUUUUUGCACUUCAUGUGCAAACGUUUGAGUGCAAAGCAGGAGUUUGCAAUAUUCAACUUGUUGACACAUGUUCACAUUUUAUGAGAUACUGAAUUUGGAGGUUUUAUUAGCUGUAAAGUAUAAAAUUACAUCAUAAAUAAAUAAUAUACAUAAGUGUGGACUUGCAUCAAAGACUUGCAAACCGACUUGGACUUCAAUGACUCGGGACGUCAUCAGACUUUAGUCUAGAUUUCCAGUGAGUAUGUUGAGCAAAAUGUUCCGUCCCCGUUCAAACUAUUUAACGAGCGCGACGUUUCCAGCAAGAUGACACAUUUUCUCACAGAAUGUGCCUGAUUGAAUGCAUCCAUGAACGGGUUUAAAAACAAACAACGGGGGUGUGGCUUACCUUUCUCUGAGCGCCGGAUGGUGGACAGUUAUUCACAUGCACACGUGUGCAAACACACAAAAUUAAUUAGGUAAAAUGAUUAUACAGUCAUCCCUCGUUUAUAGCGUUUAAUUGGUUCCAGACCCGACUGUGUUAAAUGAAUUUCUGCGAUACAGGAGUCAGUGUGAAUAAAUGGAAUAUUAUCAUAGUUAUUAUUAAUUGUUUACUCCACAUUGCAGCUUGUAUGCUGCAGGGACUCUAGCAAACAAGCUAACCAGUUAGCCUCAAAUUUAUUUAUCUCUAAACUUAAGAAGCCAAAAACUUACCACUUCCACACAGGAUGGGAGGAGAGCUUUUUUCACUCCAUCAUGUUGGACGUGCCAUGACUGACUUCAUGCAGUGUUAAGGUAAUGUAAUACAAGGUAAUGUCUUAUCAAUGUAUUGUGUCAUUACUGCCACCUAGUGACCAGAAUAUACAUAACACUUGUAUUACAAUACCUGUAUAGUUGGUCUAAUAAUAGACUGCCACAAAACAGCCAUCAUUUAUUAAUUCAUUCAUUUCUGAAAAAUCGCGAUAUAGCGAGGGACGAUGCACUGUAUCUUGCGACCUGUCCAGGUGUACCCUAAGAGGGAGUAUUAGGGCCACUUUGGGGGGGGGAAACGUACAAAAGUUGUACAUUUGCGAGAAUAGAGUCUUAAAUUUACGAGAAUAAGGUCGUAAAUUUAGGAGAAAAAAAGUCGUAAAUUUAGGAGAAAAAAGUCGUAAAUUUAGGAGAAUAAGGUCGUAAAUUUAGGAGGAAAAAAGUAUAUAACCAGAGGUCACAUAAGUCCCCCCUUUUCAUAGCUGUCUCAGGCAAUGCCUGUUACAAUGGAUUAUUAAAAUAAUCUGAUCUUUCGAGAAUAAAGACUUUAUUGUCGUAAAUUUACGACUUUUUUUCUCUUUUUUUUUUUUUCUUUUGUAACCUUUGGUCUUGGGGGGGGCAGGGUAAGGAAGGCGGAAGUGAGAAGGGCUAGCCAUGCUAAUCUAAAUGCCAAACGCUCAACUGGUGUUUCGCUGCCACGUGACAAAUAAAAGCUUGCCUGCAACAAGAGGAAAGUUUGCUUCCUGCCCUAUUUUCCCUCGGACACGAUGACACGUAAUAUUACCACUUUAUUCUCAUACAUUUACCACUUUAUUCUCAAAAUCUCUGAUUUGUUUUUUUUCAAUGUGGCCCUGAUACUCGCCUGAAGCCAGCUGGGAUAGGCUCCAGCAUAACCACGACCCUAACGAGGACAAGAGGUAUAGAAAACGGAUGGUAAUAGCUUGUCACGUUGUUAAAAUGGCAUUUUAUUUGGGAAACGCUCAACGGUGCUUAUGACUUGUAAGGACUGGAAAAAAUGUCAAGCCUACGACUUGGGAUUUGACUCGACCUGUCUUGUCUCGACCUGAGACCUGACUUGGACCUGCACGUUUUUACUUGAGACUUGGGAUUGAAGACUUGAGACUUGCAAAACACUGACGUUCUCCUACCUCUGAAUGACGCUCAGCAUGGUUCCACUGUACUGGAAUAAUUGAACUUUUUAUAGAUCUGUUUUACUGGGAUGCGCCUGUUUGUGUGGACAUUUUAAAUUUAGGAAUAAAAUAAUAAUUCUGUUGGCAGGUGACCUCUUCUUUUAAGAGGUAUCUCUCAGAUUUGCAGUCCACAUUACUUAAUGGUAAGCAAAUUGGUCUGACUUAGAAAGUGCCUGGCAAGAAAACAUAUCUUGUCAAGUCAAAAGUGAGCAUUUUGGACUUUUCAGUCGCGAUUUCGGUCUUGUACCCCCUGUCCACUUGAUUGUUUUAAUGAGCGUGUCUCACAUGCUAACAGGUUUGAAAAUUUGCAUUGUCUCAGGGCAAAAUGAGUCAGCAAACAUUUGGGCUUUUGCCUUAUGACUCUUCAGUGUUUGUUUUUUUUUAACGUAAGCAGAAGGCACAGGAAUGACGAUCUUUGUCACGGAUAUCACUCUCAGGGCUUUGCUGCCAUGAUUGCAUCCAGCGUAUUCUCAGUCUAUUCAGUCUAUUCUAUUUAGUCGUAUUCAUAAAGCGGUGCUGCGCAUUUAUGCAAUGUC